GAGAACAGCCGCCUGUCCGUCUACCUGGGAGACCCUCUCCCCUUUUUAAGAAGGAAAGAUGUCGAACGGGUAUUCUGCAGACAAGAAUUUCCAGUAUCUCAUCUCGUGCUUCCGGGCCAGGGUGAAAAGGUACAUCCAGGUGGAGCCGGUCCUGGACUACCUGACCUUCGUGCCCGCCGAGCUGAAGGAGCAGAUCCAGGCCGCCGCGGCCACGCAGGGGAACAUCCGCGCGGCCGAGCUGCUGCUGAGCACCCUGGAGACGGGGGCCUGGCCCCCGGGCUGGGCCAGGCUGUUUGUGGAGGCUCUGCGGAGGGCGGGCAACCCCCUGGCCGCGCGCUACAUGAACCCCGAGCUCACGGACCUGCCCUCGCCAUCCUCCGAGAACGCCCACGAUGAGUGUUUCCAGCUGCUGAACCUCCUGCAGCCCACUCUGGUGGACAAGCUUCUGGUCAGGGAUGUCUUGGAUAAGUGCCUGGAGGUGGGGCUGCUGACCACGGAAGACAGGAAUCGGAUUUCUGCUGCGGAAAAUAAUGGAAAUGAGGCAGGUGUUCGAGAGCUCCUGAGAAGGAUUGUGCAGAAAGAAAACUGGUUUUCUGUGUUUGUGACUGUUUUGAGGGAAACGGAAAACGAAGCCCUGGCCCAGGAGUUAACAGGCUCCAGCGCCCCCGACAGCGGUGCAGAAAAUGAGAAUUUAUCACAAGAAGAUGGUCUUGAAGUUAAAGAGCCACUUCUUUUAGCCACAUAUGAACCAAAUCCAGAGAAAGACGCCUGGGACAUGCAAAAUAACUCAGUGGAAUCAUCUUUUACGGAUUCUUCUGUAGUUUCAGAAUCAGACACAAGUUUGGCAGAAGGAAGUGUCAACUGCUUAGAUGAAAGUCUUGGACAUAACAGCAACAUGGGCAGUGAUUCAGGCACCAUGGGAAGUGAUUCAGAUGAAGAGAAAGUGGCAGAAAGAGCAUCCCCUGAGCCAGAACUGCAUCUCAGGCCUUACCAAAUUGAAGUUGCCCAACCAGCCUUGGAGGGAAAGAAUAUUAUUAUAUGCCUCCCUACAGGAAGUGGGAAAACAAGAGUGGCUGUUUACAUUGCCAAGGAUCACUUGGACAAGAAGAAAAAAGCAUCUGAACCGGGAAAAGUUAUGGUCCUUGUCAAUAAGGUCCCAUUAGUUGAACAGCUCUUCCGUGAAGAGUUUCAACCAUUUUUGAAGAAAUGGUAUUGUGUUACGAGAUUAAGUGGCGAUACCCAAUUGAAAAUAUCAUUUCCCAAAUUUGUCAAAUCCUAUGAUGUUAUUAUCAGUACAGCUCAAAUCCUUGAAAAUUCCCUUUUAAACUCGGAAAAAGGAGAAGAUGAUGGUGUCCAGUUUUCAGACUUUUCCCUCAUCAUCAUUGAUGAAUGCCAUCACACCAACAAAGAAGCAGUCUAUAAUAACAUCAUGAGGCGUUAUUUGAAACAGAAGUUGAAAAACAAUAAGCUCAAGAAAGAAAACAAACCAGUGAUUCCUCUACCACAGAUACUGGGGCUAACAGCUUCACCAGGCGUUGGAGGAGCCACCAAGCAAGCCAAAGCUGAAGAACAUAUUUUAAAAAUAUGUGCCAAUCUUGAUGCAUUUACUAUUAAAACUGUGAAAGAAAACAUCGGUCAACUUAAAAACCAAAUAAAGGAGCCUUGCAAAAAGUUUGUAAUUGCAGAUGACACCAGAAAAGAUCCAUUUAAAGACAGACUUCUGGAAAUAAUGACAAAGAUUCAAACUUUUUGCCAAAUGAAUACAAUGUCAGAUUUUGGAACUCAGUCCUAUGAACAAUGGGCCAUUAAAAUGGAAAAAAAAGCUGCAAAAGAAGGAAAUCGCAAAGACCGUCUUUGUGCAGAACAUUUGAGGAAGUACAAUGAGGCCCUGCAAAUUAAUGACACGAUCCGAAUGAUCGAUGCCUAUAACCACCUUGAAACCUUCUAUAAAGACGAGAAAGAAAAGAAGUUUGCAGUCCUAUAUGACAGUGAUGAGAGUGGGGACGAUGGUGAUGAAGGUGAAGAUGAAGAUGAAGGAAAGAAACCUUUGAAACUGGAUGAUACAGAUACAUUCCUCAUGGCUUUAUUUUUUGAUAACAAGGAUAUGUUGAAGAAACUGGCUGAAAACCCAGAAUAUGAACAUGAAAAGCUGACCAAAUUAAGAAAUACCAUAAUGGAACAAUAUUCAAGGACUGCAGGAACAGCAAGAGGAAUAAUUUUCACAAAAACACGACAGAGUGCAUAUGCCCUUUCCCAGUGGAUUAUUGAAAAUGAAAAAUUUGCAGAAGUAGGGGUCAAAGCCCAUCAUCUGAUUGGAGCUGGACACAGCAGUGAGUUCAAGCCCAUGACACAGAAUGAACAAAAAGAAGUCAUUAGUAAAUUUCGCACAGGAAAAAUAAAUCUGCUUAUCGCUACCACAGUGGCAGAAGAAGGUCUGGAUAUUAAAGAAUGCAAUAUCGUUAUUCGUUAUGGCCUCGUCACUAAUGAAAUAGCCAUGGUCCAGGCCCGCGGUCGAGCCAGAGCCGAUGAGAGCACCUACGUCCUGGUUGCCCACAGCGGCUCGGGAGUUGUUGAACGUGAGACAGUUAAUGACUUCCGUGAGCAAAUGAUGUAUAAAGCUAUAGACCGUGUUCAAAACAUGAAUCCAGAGGAGUAUGCUCAUAAGAUUUUGGAAUUACAGAUGCAAAGUCUGAUGGAAAAGAAAAUGAAAAUUAAGAGAAGUAUCGCAAAGAAUUGCAAAGAAAAUCCAUCCUUGAUUAAUUUUCUCUGCAAAAACUGCAGUGUGCUUGCCUGUACUGGAGACUGUAUCCACGUAAUUGAGAAAAUGCACCAUGUCAAUAUGACACCAGAAUUCAAGGCACUCUACAUUGUGAGAGAAAACAAAACACUGCAAAAGAAGUUUGCAGACUAUCAAACAAAUGGUGAGAUUAUCUGCAGAGCAUGUGCCCAGGCUUGGGGAACGAUGAUGGUGCACAAAGGCUUAGAUUUGCCUUGUCUCAAAAUAAAGAAUUUUGUAGUGUUUUUCAAAAGUAAUUCAACAAAGAAACAAUACAAAAAAUGGGUAGAAUUACCUAUCGCAUUUCCCAAUCUUGACUAUUCACAAUAUUGUUUGUUUAGUGAUGAAGAUUGACAUCUGGUUCAAGAUCUUUUUAAUAUAUUGUCAACACUCAAUAUGAUUUUGAUUAAUGUUUUUGUUAUACAAAAGAACUGAUGUGAGAAUUAAUUGCUUUACUCUGAGAUGAGCUGUAUAGAGGAAUAUGUCAUGCUUUCAAUUAUUCAUCUUGUUUGUGGGCAGAGGUAAAGAAAUUCUAUCAAUAACACUCUUUAGUGUGGAGCAGUAGUGUGGAGUACUGUGGAAAAAAUGCCAGAGUAUAAAUGAGGGUCUAAGGUACCAAUUUCACUCUUGUCACUAAUUUUCAAAAUAAAAUUAGGCGUUCAGUCAUCUUUCUGAACCAGUCUUCUUAUUGGUGAAAUGGUUGUAAUAUUAUCUGUCUUUGCUUUUAUUAGUUUUCUAUUGUUGCAUAACAAAUUACCACAAACCUAGUGGCUUAAAGCAGCACCUGUUUAUUAUUGCACAUGUGGUGUAGCUUAAAGGUCUCAGAAGGCUGGAAUCAAGUGUCAGUCAGAUGAUGUUCUCAUCUGGACGUUCUCGGGAAGAAUCCCUUCCAAGCUCUUUCCUUUGUUGGCUGUCGUUUGCUUGCAGCUGUAGAGCGGGAUUCCUGUUUCCUUACUAGCUGUCCACUGGGAUCACUCUGAGCUCCUAGGGCCUCCCUCACCACAUGGCCCUUUCACACAACAGCUAUUGCUUCUUCGAGUCAGCAAAAGAAAAUGUCUCUCCUUCUCUCUCUCUCUUCUGCUAAGAUGAAGUCUUAACUGUAAUCACAAGGUUGACUAUCUCAUCCUUUUCCCAGGUCCUGCCCACACUUGAGGUAAGGGGAUUUUCCAGGGCAUAUAUGGCAGGGGGCAGAAAUCUUGGAGGCCAUCUUAGAGUUCUGCCUCCCAAACCACUUGCCCAGUUUUUGUUAAUAAGUGAUAUAUGUAUACAUAUAAAACACUGAAAAAUAUGAAGUGCCAUAAAAGGCAAGCUGUUAUUAAGACGAGGUAUCAGGUGGCCUAAGGCUUACUUCCUCAGUUUCCCUCCAUGAACAGGAGGGAAUCAUGGUGAAACCCACACCAGUUAUUAAUGCCUGCAAGAUCACCUGUGUCAGUGGAGAUGCCAAGUGUUCACAUAGGAUUUAGCAAGGAGCAGAUGCUGGAUGUUAUUAGAGAAUAAAGAAAAUAUGUCUACUAAGUAAACUCUUGGUGACUGUGACCUUUUCAGUAUUUCUGAACUAAGCAUGACCAUUUGGAGAUGGAUACAGGGUCCAGCGCUUUAGAAUGUUCUCCUAGUCGACAAGCAGCCUCUUUCGGCAUAGAAGAGCCAUCUGAUCAAGACAAAGCCACAAAUGACCAUUUAAACCCACGCUUACCCAGUCUCAUAGGUGUUCUGCUUCACAGAAACACUUACCUCCUCUGACUAAGGAGAAACAAAGUGUUGGAAGGGGUGAAAAGAAAAUUCUUAUGUGGUUUUGAUGGAUUCAUUAAAUUCAAUCUAACAGGAGCUUUGAAUCUUAAGAUUUAAGCAAGAGUGAAUAUUAACCAGUCAGAGCUCUUGGGAAUGCAUGAGGGCAAAAGAAGAUUAUGGUUUCUUAAAAUACCUUUUAAAACCCCAGCUGACUCCACUAAAGUAUUGCUCUCUUCUAAAAUAUUUUGGAAACUAUGCAAAGAACCAAAUGUAUAAAAUAGCUAAAUGUACUGCUGUAACAUAUGUAGACUGUUUUUAAGGUGUCAACAAAUAUCAGGUUUUUUCAUCUAUGUUUUCCAGUAAUUUUUGAAUAAAGAAAUGUGAUUUCUACUUCAAAGUUUUAAAAUACAUGUUUCAAAUGGUAUAAAACUUAAUAUGUGAAUGGUACCUAAAACUCAAACCACGGUGCAUGUAUUUCAUUAAAAAACAACUGUGAUAAUUGUA